GUGUUUUCUCGCAAACGACGCUCACCGUGUGAAGCUUUCUCAUCCGGGACGGCAGUGAGACGAGGGAAAGCUUCAGCCGCAAUUUUGUGUCCAUGUGCUUGUUUUUUCUUAAUUUCUCCUCCGAAGGGAGGCGUGUGAAACCUCCUCGCGGGUUUUCACCAUGGGGUUUAAAGUGCUGUGGAUGUUGGGGUUUUAGUGCUAUGGGAUUUGUUUUGUGGGUCUUUUUGUUUGUUUCGGGUUUUAUUUUGGGGUUUUGUUGCUGCGGUUGUUGUUUUUUGGUUUUUUGUUGUCGUUGUUGUUUUUUGCCCCCCCAGAGCACUUGAAACAUUCACCUGUCGACCUCGUCUGAAAUAAAUGGUGUUUGCAUCUCUCAGGUUACAGCGUUAAGAAAGGCCCACGCUUACCCACCCACCCUAUGAACAAACAGGAUGCUCACCAGAACCCCGAGUGUUGUUGCCCAAGUGUUCCUUCUUCUAAGCAUAGUCCUUGUUAUUGCUAUUGCAGUGAUUCAGAUAAAUCAGCAACAGAUCCUCUCCCCAGGGCUUAAGUAUGGAAUAGUCCUUGAUGCUGGAUCCUCUCGGACUACAGUCUAUGUCUAUGAGUGGCCGGCAGAAAAAGAAAACAACACAGGAGUAGUGAGCCAAACCUUCAAGUGCAAUGUGAAAGGCCCUGGUAUAUCCAGCUAUGGGAGUAGCCCUGGAGCUCUUGCCAAGCCUCUGGAUGACUGUCUGAAUAAAGUGAAGGAGAGAAUACCAGCUCAUCUGCAUAGAAACACUUCUGUUUAUCUGGGGGCUACAGCUGGCAUGAGACUGCUGAGGUUGCAAAAUGAGUCGGCAGCCAAUGAAGUCCUUGCAAGCGUUCAAAGCUACUUCAGAGCACAACCUUUUGAAUUUAGGGGUGCGCAGAUCAUAACUGGGCCAGAGGAAGGGGUGUAUGGAUGGAUAACGGCCAACUAUUUAAUGGGCAAUUUCUUAGAGAGAAACCUUUGGAGGACAUGGGUCCAUCCUUACAGAAAAGAGACUAUGGGUGCACUGGACCUUGGAGGAGCUUCCACUCAAAUUUCAUUUAUUCCAGAGGACCCCGAGGAGCACCUCAACAGCACCUUGCAAGUGAAGUUGUAUGGUUACAACUACAAUGUCUACACUCACAGCUACCAGUGCUAUGGGAGAGAUGAAGCUGAGAAAAGGCUUUUAGCAUUGCUGCUCCAGAAAUCAAGCGCCAGUGCCAAUGUGGAUAAUCCCUGCUACCCUAAAAACUACAGCACAGCAUUAACCCUGAAGGACUUCUUUGGCAGCCUUUGUACACAGUCUCUGAGACCAGCAAAUUACUACCCAAACCAGCUUGUGAAAUUCCAUGGAACAGGAGACCCAGGUCUGUGCCAGGAGAUGGUUUCUUUAUUGUUUAACCUCACUGCUUGCAGAGACAGAGAGGACUGUCCAUUUAAUGGAAUACAUCAGCCAAAAGUUAAAGGGAAUUUUGUGGCUUUCUCUGGAUUCUACUAUACAAUAAAUGCUUUGAAUUUAUCUGGGCAGUUUUCCCUAGAUGACUUCAAUUCAAGUAUGUGGUUUUUCUGUUCACAGAGCUGGGCACAGCUCCAGUUAAUGUUGCCUAAAUUUGAAGAAAUAUAUGCUAGAUCCUACUGUUUCUCAGCCAAUUUCAUUUAUUACUUGCUUGUACAUGGUUACAACUUCAAUGCAGAAACUUGGCCACAGAUACAUUUUCAAAAGGAGGUUGGCAACAGCAGCAUAGCGUGGUCACUCGGUUACAUGUUAAGCCUCACAAACAUGAUUCCAGCAGAAGGGAAGCUGAUUCAGCUACCUCUGAAACCUUCUCUGUUUGCUGGGCUCCUCAUCUUCCUCACAGCUACGGCACUGCUGUGCCUCCUCUUCCUCGUCUACCUGUGCGUUGUGUCGCAUCAGCGGAAGAACGUCCCUCGCGUGGAACACGUAUUUAUUCCAGAAUGAAUGAACCUGCCUGGAGACAAACCAAAAACGUUAUAGUGCUACUAAACAGAACUUUAUUUUGCUCCCCAUUUUUCAAAAAUAAAGACAGCAAAAAUGACUUCUGGAGCAGAAGCAUAAAUAGAGAAGGGGCACAAAGGAAUCUGUGAUAUGGUGAAUUGCAGUGCUUUUGAAAUAUUUUGGUAAUUGUUUCUGUAAACUUAAUUUGUCCAGUGUGCAGCAGAGAAAACACGGUCAGAUAUGUCACUUUGCUUUAUAAGGGAUUACUUGCAUUUUCCUCUCAGGUAUGUAUUUUUUUUUUUAAUCAUUAACUCUGUGCAUACUGGUGAGCUCAAGUAGUGAUGGAUUUGAUCAUAGUGGCAGUUGUUUAAGAUAAAAUUAAACAAGCCAAUAGCAACUCUGGGAGGUGGAACAUGGUAGCUGCCCUUGUGUGCAGUGCUGACACUAAAAGCCCUGAAGUAAUCUGAUUUCUGAAACUGGAACAAGCACUGGAUAGUGACAGGAACUGAAAAGAAGAGUUGUGAUAGAAUUGGUUUUAUUGCUGUUCGAAAUGGAUUGAUUCCCAUCACAAGAAGGUGUAAUAAACUGUCAACACCCCUCAGGACUUUUGAGCCUGUCUCUAAACAGAGUUAUAUCUUUUGGUACCAUAGAGACCCCAAAACGCCUCUGGUCUGGUGCAUAAGAUUGGCUUUGGAGGUGGAACAAAAUGCUUUAUCACUUUAGUAACUGAACUUAGAUUUAAAUAUCUCAUAGUUGCCCCCGGAAGACACUGGAGUUUUCAGUAUUCUUUUCUAACUUUCACAGAAAUGCUUUUUGUAGUUUUUCAUACUGAAACCCUGACCUGCAUACCCCACGUAUUGUUGGUCUCAGACAGUGGCCGUCCGUACUGAUUUGACACGUAUGUAUUAUUUCAGCUGUCUGGACAGAGUCCAGAUCUGAACAUUCCAUUAACAUGUUAAGCCCUUCUUUCACGGCCAAGAGGAACAGGAGUCAGUCUCCAGGCCAGCAAAACACCUUUUCUGUGUGGGUUCAGGAACGUAUUGCUGGAGCUGCAGUCAUGGCUCUAGUGCCUUGGUCAGCCUCUGCAGUGUCCUUCAGCAGCGCUGGGAUCCCCCUGGCAGGUGCUUCUGUCCAACUUUCUGACUCCUGAGCUUUCCUGCAAGUGCUGCUGCCUUCAUGCAAGGCCUUCCUUGAAAGCCCAGCCAUUCUUCACCAAACCUCACACUACCUUAAAUCACAGGACUCUCUCAGCUCCAUCUAUUCCCAGUAUUGAUCAGGGGACAGAUAGGAGAACAGUGGCCAGUAUUUUUACCCAUAAAAAAUGUUUUGAAUUUCAGUCUUUUGUUUCUAUAUUACCUUCUUACUUAUGUUUGGUUGUGGUGUUGGGGUUUUGUUUUCUUUUGUGCUUUUUUCAUAAGCUGACAGAUGAUUUGAAGGGAGCUAAAUAUCUCUGUAAAUGAAAAAAAGAAAAAAGUGAUUUUUCAGGCAGAUCAAUAGGGCUUUGUCCCUUCUCUAUUGAUAUACUGCUAAGUCUUGUCAGUCUUACUGGGGUAGCAAUAAGGUAAAAGGUAUUGUAAGAUGAUGAAGAGCUCUGUGGCAUCAAAGUUAUAGCUGAUAAAGUGUAAAAUUGACUUCAGAGUGCAUGGACAUUACAGAGGCAGGCAUGAGAUAUUUUGUGUGAUCGAUCUGUAACUGCAGUUAUGGGUGAAAAAAAAACCCAGACAGCUGGAUGAGAGAAUUGAAAUGUUUUCUUUAGUUGCCAAUUUUCAGUGGAAAAUUGUAUUUUGGAAUAUUUACUUGCCCAACAAAACAUUUUUUUUUGAGUGGCAGGGCCAUUCAGAUGUGGUUUUACACAAAUGGAACACACUUGGAAGUUGGUCUCUGUUAGAGCUGGCAGCUAAAGAACAAGUAAAUUUGUUCAAAAACCAUUUGGACUUCCAGAUGUACUUGGAUAGGCCCAGUAUCUGUUCUAAGAAUCAAAUUUCCCCUGUGAAUCACUGCUUUUUUAAUAGUUCCCUCUUGUCCUUAUGUAUACAGUCUCCCUCAGUGUCACCAGGAUACCCACCUGCUCCCUUGCACCUCUCCUGGCAGUUUCAGAAGGGAAAGCUGAGGGUGUUGAACUGCCAGCCAAGCAGCUUCAGUGACCACAGCCAACUCCUCCCCCAGGUGUGAGCUGGAACCAGAUCAACAGGCCGGAUCCCUGUCCUUCCCCCCUCUCCCAGAGAAAGGAUCUCUGGGAGAGACAGGGAAGUUGACAACACUUGGGAAUGUGUACAAACCAGAGGUUAUUUAUCUUUUUACACUCUUCAGUGCCUGCUUAUGAAGAUUAAUAAAAUUGUGAAAAGUUAAGCCAA